GCGGGUGUGUUUUUCUUUUCCGCUGCUCCAGCAGCUGAGAGGUUCUCGAGGGCAGUGCAGACUCUGUCUCUCUACAGCCCGCAGUGUGUCGGAGCAGCGGCAGACAUGAAUGACAUCAAGCUGGCCCUGCUGGGCAGCGAGGGAGCCGGGAAAUCAGCCAUCCUUGUGAGGUUCCUGACCAAGCGGUUCAUCGGCGAGUACGCCUCUAAUGCCAGUUCCUUAUACCAUAAAAGGUUCUCCAUCGAUGGCCGACAAUUGAAUCUGGAAGUUUUUGAUCCGUGUUCUGAAGCCGUGCAGAGCAGGUGCAUCACGGAGGAACCGGUGGAGUGGGCCGACGGCUUCAUCGUGGUGUACGACAUUAGUGACCGCCUGUCCUUCCUCAAUGCCCAUAGCGCACUUUGUCAGAUCAAAGAGGCUCGUGCCGAGAACUGCAAAUGUGAGAUGGAGGUGCCUGUUUGCCUGGUGGGGAACAAGCAGGAUCUGUGCCAUGCCCGGCAGGUGAGCAAGGAGGAGGGCCUCUCCCUGGCCCAGGAGAACAAGUGCUUCUUCCAGGAGGUCUCUGCAGCUGAAGACCACCAGGAGAUCUCGAACCUCUUCGCCAAGCUUAUCCGCAGUGUGAUGGAAUACCUGAAACGCCGGGCCGACCGGCGCCGCUACAGUGGGUCCAAGUCCAUGGCAAAACUGAUCAACAAUGUCUUUGGGAAGAGGAGGAAGUCAGUCUGAGGCUGAUAGGCGUGAGUGAUGGUGAGGGGACCAGCAAGCAGGCACUGUGGCUGAUCCUUAAAGAUCCACAUGUUCUCUACUGUCCUGUGCCCUGCAGACACUCAUGACAAAGACCCAAAGACGCCAGAUUUACAGAUUUCUUAUAGUGCUUCCUGAUUUAUUGUAGUAGCCAGUCCAGCUGCAAACGGCAACAUUCUGUGCCAGUCUGCUUAGCUAUUUUCAUAUGGCACUUUGACAUAACUAUAAGGAUAACUAGCAGUAACGGAGGUUUUUCGAAAUCACGGCACCGGUUCUCUUCUUACAAGAUGCUUCACCAACUAACCUGCUGUGGAGCAGGCCAGCUUUCAGGGUCACAUAUCUCAAACAGUGCUUGGACCAAUCGAAGAGAAGAAGUCAGUAUAUUUCCUGAUGUAACAAACAGGCUUGAUGUCCACAGGCAGAGAUGCACACCAGACAGUUCUGCGUUUCAAGCCCUUUCACUACGAUAGUAACAAGAUUUAACAAUCAUAGUGAAAGAGAUAAUCUCUGCUGUAACAAGAUAUAGGUUCUGCUUUUUGGUCUUCCAGAUUACGGGCAAAUUUUAAUUAAUAUUUAUUUUUUUAAGCAAAUGAUGAACUUCACAUUCAAUAACUGGUGUUGAAUGGAAACAGUGCAAUUAUUAAUAAAGAUGUAUAUAAAUGCAUAAUCUAAAAAUCAACUGGGGUGCCUCAUCCCACAUAGUCCAUUGCCUAAUCCACACUUUACAGGAUAUCUGGGUGAAAAUUGGCAACCCUACUUUCCUUGUGCGCGUUUCUGACUUUCGGUGUCUAGCCCAAAGACCCGCAACCCGUGACCUAAUAUUUACCUGCAACUGUAUUUACAAAAUAUCCCGAUUGGGCGGGAAAACCGCAGACCUGGCAACUCUGCAAGACUUGCAUCUACUGUUUUCAGUGCAGCAAAGCUAGACGUUUAUUGGACAGGCUUCAAAAUGUCAUUUCCAGGGAAGCUCAGCACCCCUAAUGGGCAGCGGGCAGGCCAGGAUGCAUGGAGAUUGGAGGAACUGUCAAAAUGGAUGGACCUCUUUUUUGACUGAUAAGAGUUUUGAAAUUAUAGUUUCGGCAUCAGAGCAUUUCAUGCUUAAGUGAAAUUAAUGGAUUGCCCGUCAUGUGUAUGUAUGUACCCUGUGAUAGAUAAGUGUUAUUGGGUCAAUGAUGAACGCAGAGGAAUGCUGUACAACGUCUUGUUUAUUCUGUAUACACUAGGGGGCGCAAUAUCAUCACUUUCUGUUAUUACGUAUUACUUUAGCCCUGUAACAUAUCACAACAGAUACUGCAGGCAUCUCAACCAGGGAGUAUUUCGGCCUUCUGCCCUAGGCUGCUUGGGAAAGGUCUGUACUUGUAAAAGGUUGGAUAAACUAAGGCUAUGAAAACAUGACAGUCAUAUGUCUCAUGAAGUCCUGUGUUCCUUCAAUCAGCUGAUGCUUCUGUGAAUUGGGUACAUCAUUCAUUGAAGAAGAUAGUCUUCCUUGUGCCUUAUUAAUGGGAGACUUGUGGGGGGGGGGGGAUGUGUGGCUCUCUGGGUUUAGACUCUGCGUCUGCAAUUGUAAAGUCUCAGAUUCAGAUCCUGGGGCUGGCAGAGUGAUGUCACUGCUGGACCCUUGAGCCUUAACCCAAAUAGCUCUAGGGACACUGGCUGAAUCUGCUGCCCGAUCCUCUCAUGUAUGUCGCUUUAGACGAAAGUGUGAAUAAAUGAGAACAUAGUAUAGUGUGAGAGGUUUGGCUGCAGCUUUCUUGUUUGGCCACCAGACGGAGACACAGUCCUUCCUCAUCACCGCUUUGAGUUUUGUUUCAGUUCCUUCUCUGCAUGUGUGAUGGGUUGUGAUGAAUUAAACCUGCGUUCUCCCUUGUUCUACGUUGAUCCAUUUGCUGUUUGCCAAGGAGGAGUGCGGCUGCAGGUACGUUAAUGUUUGCUUCCACACUGGAGCAGCCGCUCCGAUGUCAGUGUCUAGACAAAGAUAUGGAAAGCCGCUGCAGACAGGGUGCACUAGACCCGUUACGCUUGUUAGUGCUCGAUUCCCGUGGUUUCCCUCUGGUUUGCCGCUGCCCCACCCCACCACUGUCUGGGAAGCCUUUCCCGUAGCUUGUGGAUGAGGCCGUUGAUUUCUUCGGAGACCUGGCAUCCGGCUUAUGACACCAAUGUCUCGAUGUCAGCAUAGUAAGACAUGCUCAGAAAACACGCAAAAGCGCUAUUAAGAGACAAUCGCUUUAUUAUGUGCAACUGCCAGAGAAUGUUAGUAGGGGCACAGAUAAGGGAAGCCAUCAGUACACACAUCUAACACAAGGAUUAGAAACACAUCAAAGCAGGGAAACACUACACAUUCGACACGUCACAAUAACG